UUCAUUUUAAGCAUUUGACAUUCCGUCAUUGUUCAUUGACGACUGAAUGAAAGGUGCGAUGCGUAAUUCAAGUUACGCAAAAGCUUUUGCAGCUUUCUACGGCUCUCACACAGCGUAUAUAGCGCAACUGCUCACACUCACAGGCGCAUAUACGAAUAGUGUUAGAGCAGUGCAACUAGCUGUUCUGCGCUGCACAAGUGAAAGCUGUUGUGACUUUUUUGCAGUGCUCUUAAGCAGCAUCCAGAAUCUCUUUGUCGCUCUCUGCGUUCACAGUCGGAAAGCAUCCUUAUCUCGGGUUUCGCAGUUCGUGUGCUGCUGCUGAAGUGCUUGGCCCGUUUCGAUGCUAGGCGUUGCGAGUCAGUCCCGUAUUGUUUCGCAGCAUAGCCAGAGCCACUCCUAGUACAACGGACGAGCGUUAUCAGAGUUGUUCUUACAGUGAAAGUCCUGCCGCGAAUUUACGCAAUUCUCGAUAAGAAACACCUUGUGCAAUCUUGAAGGCAGCAAGACGUUUCGGGUCCGUGUAAAUGAAAAUUGAAAAUGUUAAAUGAAAAUGAAAAUGGAAAUUGAAUUAGUGAUGGCAGGAUUUUGCUGAAACUGAUUACUUGAUAGUACAGUGAUCGUAAUAUGUUUAAAAAAAAGUGAAAGCCUAACUUAAAAUUGUGCAGAUACUUUAAUCGAGGGAUCAAAGUUUCGGGAUACGAGCAAAAUUAUGCCAUCGUUGUGAAUCAAUUUAUUUUAUUGCCUUUAAUGAAGCUUGUGCACGAAAUUGCUUUGUUUUUCUCCCAUCGAGAGAAUAUCCAAAUGUGAAAAUGUGAAAAUCGUUUGGCCAUAAUUUUCCAUAAAUUGCGAAUUUCGAUUCCUAGGGGUCAGCGACAAAUCAGCCUCGAACGAAAAUUUGAAUCGCCUAGCGACGAUUCAGCGAAAUUAAUAUCCUCGCAAGGCCGAAGAAUAAUAUGUGUGUGGUGUUUGGUGUUUGGUAUUUGUUGUGUUGUUAUCGAAACUAUCCUUAGAAAGGACUGCGUAAAUAAAUUGUAAGAAAAGCCAAGGCUGUUUGAGUGAUAAAUAAUCGAAAGAAAUCGAAUUGAAUCGCAUCGAAUUGAAUGGAAUGUAAUCAAAAAUUGUGUGUGUGCUCCAAGGAAGCCAGAGUUUCCAGUUGGCAAUUGAAAAUAAUUUUCAAAUAAUACUGAGAAAGCAGCAAGCUGACAAAGCCGUAUAAACCUGUUUGUGUUUCUAGCAUUACGUAUUGCGAAUCAGAAGAAGAAUUUGUGGCCGCUUAAUGCGACAUUUUGACAGUGACACGUGAAGGGAUAACAGCGAAAAAGGAUAAUACGUUCAACUGCGGAAUUUGCGUGACGUUGAUUAAAUGAAAUCAGCCCGAAUAUUAUGCCAUAUAGACAGGCAAAUCUGAAUAAAUUUGGAUUACAAGACACCUUCUAAAUGAUAACAUGAGAGUGGAAGCGAACAAUCCACUUUCACUGUGGAAGUAUUUGAAAUUACAAUUGUGGCCGUAAAGACAGAAAAACUGACGGAAGGAGAAUUAGUUCAACUACAGAUUGCGAAGUGCUCGGAAUUUUGGCAAAAGGACGACGACGAAGGCCAAAGCUAAAGAGCAAAACAAUCAAAGGAUCAAAUGCUUAUGUUUAUGCAAAAUAUACUUAACAUUUUGAAGGCAACCUAAACGGGAGAGAGAUAGAAGAAAAGCUGAGAUACAUUCAGUCAAUUGCGUUUUUGGGCCUCGAGUUUUGGGUCUAUUCGCCAUAUGCUCUGAUGCAGCUGUUGUGCCAAAGCUAAAAGCACCAAUCGAAGCGUAAGAAAGCACACUUCCAUUAAAAAAAGACAGACAAGAAAAAAGGAGGAGCUCGAGACUCUAAUUGCAGAUGAGAGAGAAAACGGAGGAGUAGCCAAGUAAAUUGCAGGACUCGCACUUAGAGUAUCUCGAGUUAAUAGAGAAAUCCUUUGUCCAAGCGGAGUAACUGACCGUAGCCCCUUCCACGCCCCCAAAAAGUGCCUUCGCCCCACGGCGAAGGUUUCGCGAUGGAGCCACAGACCCGGACUCGUCUAGGAGUCACACUAUUGGCCUUGAUAUUGGCCGCAUCCUUCGACAGCGCGCUCUGCGGCGAGAAAUUGGCUCUUUUAUCGGCCACACUGCGCACAUAUCAGAAAGCGGCCUGUGAUACGGAUCAGGUGGUAAUUGCUUGCCCGCGCGGCACCAGCAUCUCAAUUGAAUUUGCACAGUACAACAAGUUCGUGGCGAAAGAUGGCUACAGCAUCGAGGAGUUGUGCCCCAUCGCCGGCACCGUUGGCCCAGAGAUACGUGGCAAGGCGAAGCAUUUGCUGCGCGGCUCCAUCUUCGGUUCCUCCACGCAAAAGGUGCCCGCCAAUCGCUAUGUGAACGGAGGCUACGCCAUCGCCAUGGCUCUACCCAGCCCAGCUGCCACCACGACGAGUCCAACUGGCACCGAAUCCGCCACAGACGAUGCCCAAAAUAGCGACGGCUCUUCAUCUUCCGAGAGCUGCAUGUGGCCCAACGCGUUACAGUACUCCUUGCUACAGACCGUGGUGGAGGCUUGCCAGAAGAAGAAGCACUGCAAGUUCCACGGCUCCCCGCAGUUCUAUGGCCUGGGCGCCAGCGGAGUGGGCGACUCAUCCGGCACCAGCAGCUACCACAGCAGCACGGCCAGCAGCUCGAAUGCAAUCAGCAACGAUCCUUGUCCCAAGAGUCGCAAAAUCGUCGAAGUCGCCUACAAAUGUCGUCCAUAUGAGUUCCGCAGCAAGGUAGCCUGCCAUAACGAUGUCGCCCAGCUGGAGUGCAACCCGUACUCCAGGAUUGCCGUCUACAGUGCCAGCUUUGGCCGCACCGAGUACGAGAGCAUUCAAUGUCCCCAGCCCCAAGGAGUGCGCGAGGAGACGUGCCUGGCAUCGUUUGCCACCGAGACUGUGAUGCAAAUUUGCCAUGGGAGAAGGCGCUGCAACCUGGCAGCGGAUGCGAAUACCUUUGGCACACCCUGCCAGCCAAACUCACGAAUGUAUCUGAAGGUUGUUUACACAUGCGUGCCCAAGCAAGUGCUGAAGGAGAGCAACGACUCGGAGGUGGAGGCCGAUGAGACGGAGGACUUUGAGGGUGACAUCAACGACCUGUACGACGACGAGCUCAUCUACAAGGAGUCCGAGGCCAUACCCAAGCUGUACAGCAACACGACGAAAACGGCGCAGGGUAAUGGAACCAACAGCGGCAUCAAUGGCACCAGGCUCCAGGGUAGCUCAAAUCCAGAUGGCAUUCAGAGCGUGACAAACGGCUCACUGGAUGCAGAUACCGAUGGCAGUGGCGUCAAUCCCGUCAUGACACACAGCGCCGACCUAAGCCUGGAGGACGACCAGCAGCGCCUCUAUUUGUAUCUGUUAAUCAUCGGAUCCCUGGGCGUGCUCUGCUCCAUUGUCAUUGUGGCCACUCGCCUUGUCCUCCAGCGGCGUCGCAUGGCCAGUGACACUCACUCCAACUCCUCCAAGGGCGGCACAGGCGGCAUGGUGGAUGAGACGACCAUUCCGAGUGGGUUUAACGACACCAUCUCGGAGAUUGAUGCGGACAUUGAUCUGACCACCUCAAUACCUGUGCCCAGUGUAUCCAAGAACGAGGUGAGUAUGCCCGCCGUGUUCCAUCUUCCCCAGCUGUCACCUAAACAACAACAUCAACUGCAACCGCAGAACUACAUCACCUACGCACCAGCUGGUAGUCUCUACGCCAGCCUUUCGCCCAGUCAACUGGCCACGGUUCAAGGCUCAGGAGCUACGCCUGGCUUGAUUCCCAACUCGUUGCUGGUGGGUGCCAGACAAUCGCCGGAUCUAAUCGGCAUUGCGCCGAGCUCGUAUGUAGCCACCAGCAGCGCGGGCAGCUUACCUCCUGGCCAAGCGACCAUCCUAGCGCCAGCCAUUGUCAUUGGCGCCAACGGUCCAGGCGUUCCUUUGCCCGGCAGCAGCGGCAUGAACACCAUGGUGCCCCUCACCUCGCUGACACAGUACACAACGGCGCCCACAAUCCGCGGUGGCUAUCUCAUAAAUGCCGAGAGCGUCGGCGUGCUCCAGCGACCCAGCAAUACACCAACGCCUCCCUCAUCGCUGGCCAGCGGUUCGCCCGCACAUCCCUCGGCUCAGCAGGCGCCCACAACAUCGCCGCUGGCCAUGGCACCGUUGAGUCACGUGGCAGUUCCAGGCACCUCAACGUUGCGUCGCACUAAGCCCGCCGCGGCAGUCAUGCUGCAACCACAGCUGUCGUAUGAUGGUACGGCUCCACGCACUCUGUCGACUGGCCUCUCGGUCGGUUCGCAGUUCUACUACGGAUGACCCAGCUCGGUGGACUGCGAGCCUCACGUCUACACCACGGCCAUCAGCGUGCCCGCCCCGCAAGUGCAGAGCUGCGAUGCCGAGGCAGGAGUCCAGGUGCCCAGACCCUAGCUGGAGGCGAGAGCGGGUCACACAUUCAGCACAGAAGACAAUACAAAUCAACUGGGGAAUAGUCUGAGUCCCAAAAAGCAGUCGGAGCCACAGCAAGCAGGUGUG